AUGCGUCUCUUACCUUCCCUUAUUCUCGCCUUUGGCAUUUCUUCCUCCGUACAAGCAGCGCUAUCUGGAUAUGCUCCUGUUCCAGCAACCUGUCCCAGUACCCCCUUGGUUCGCACUGCAACAGGCAUCUCCGCCUCUGAGUCAUCAUACAUUUCAUCUCGCGCCCCAGUUGCGUCCGCAGCGCUUGGUGCAUGGCUCACAAAGGUGAACUCGGCGUUCUGCACAGCAAAUCUGCCAGCAGUAGCCCUCACCACCAGCGGAGGUGGACUGCGCUCUCUCCUCACGGGUGCCGGCGUUAUCCAAGCUUUGGACUCACGGGAUAGUAAUGCUGGCACAAGUGGUCUCUACCAGGGGCUUACCUACCAGGCCGGUCUUUCCGGGGGAGGGUGGCUCCUGUCAUCUUUCGCUGGUAACAAUUACCCUACCAUCUCAAACCUAGAAACUACCCUUUGGACGACUGCGUUUGCCGACAGCCUUCUCGUGCCAGAGAACUUGGAGGCUGGAGGUGCUUAUGCUCAGACCUCAGCCGACGUUGUUGCCAAGAACGCAGCUGGCUACCCGCCUACUAUUGUCGAUGUGUACGGAAGACUCUUGGCAUACCAACUUCUGAAGGGUACCGAUGGGGGCGUUGCCAUUGAACUGUCGUCCAUCACUGGCUUCUCCAACUUUACCGACCACAAUGUGCCAUUCCCAAUCAUCACCAGCUUGAAUGUCGAGACAGCCACUGGAGUCUGCACUCCUCCAAACAACACAGUCAUCUUCGAGUUCUCGCCAUACGAGUUUGGAAGCUUCGAUUCCGGCAUCAACGCUUUUACGCAGACGAAGUAUCUCGGAACAUCCCUCUCGAAUGGUUCUCCCACCAAUACAACCUGCGAGACCAACUACGACAACCUUGGAUACAUUCUCGGCACCUCCUCCGACAUCUUCAACGAACUCUGCACCACAUUCCCCCUUGUCGCCGACGUCCCCGGCAUCCUCGCCAACAUUUCCGCCAUCGUAGCACAGACCCACGACCUGACAUUUAUGGAUGAAUACGCGACCUACCCCAACCCCUUUUAUAAGUACACCCACUCCACCCUCGUGCAGGCCCAACCCGAACUUACCCUCGUCGACGGCGGCGAAUCCCACCAAAACAACCCCCUCUUCCCCCUCCUCGAGCCCGCCCGCAGCGUCGGCGUCAUCCUGGUAAACGACAACUCCGCGGACACCAGCGGCAAUUUCCCGGACGGUAGCGAACUCUACCAAACGUACACGCAAGCGCAACUCGCGGGCCUGACCAAGAUGCCCGUCAUACCGCCCGCGGCAACGUUCCUCGGCGAAGGCUUGAACCAAAAGCCCACGUUCUUCGGAUGCAACGACGCGAGCAAGAUCACAAUUGUGUAUCUGCCGAACUACAAUUACACCUUCCCCAGCGGCGAAAGUACGGCGAAGCUGGAGUAUUCUCCUUCCGAGACGAGUGGCAUGAUUGCGAACGGAGGCGAGGUGGCGACGAUGGGGGGAAACGCGACGUUUCCUACGUGCUUGGCUUGUGCGAUUGUGAAGAAGACGGGAGAUGCGCUGCCGGCUGCUUGUACGAGCUGCUUCAGUACGUUUUGCUAUAAUUGA